GAAUUGGGAACGGCAGUUAUUUUCAUUGUUCUGUUACCUUGUAGAAAUUUAUUGCCAAUCUUUUAUAUUGUAUCAAUUAAUUAAAAACAUUAAGGCUUUCAACAUGAGUACGUCUUUACAUGUAGAAGUUGUCCAAGUGAAACAGAGCCGUGCUUCUAAGGAUUAUAUUGAGGAUUUGGUACGUGAUUAUUUAUUGAAGUUACCCAUGUUAACUCCUGGUGCCACUAUAAACAGUACUGUAUUUGAAGACAAUCUAGAGCUGAAAGAACACGUCCAGUGCAUUACGUUUUGUGACGCGGAACACGAAGCUGAUGUAUCUCCGCGUGAGGCUGACCUUGUAAUUCAUGUGUAUAUGCUCGACCAGUAUGGAGUGGAAACAGACACUAUGACAGAUGAUACCUCCGGUGAAGAAGUGUCUGCUGCCGAUGUGUGGCCGCUACCCGCGGCUGAAUUUCACGGUUUAUGGGAAAGUCUCGUAUACGACACGCGGCUCAAAGAGGACACCCUGCGCUAUGUAAAGACAGCGCUAGAGUUAACAGAUCGCGGUGUUAACCCCCUAGUGGUGGGUUGGAGCCGGGUCGUGUUACUCCACGGACCGCCUGGUACGGGCAAGACCAGUCUUUGCCGUGCAUUAGCUCAAAAGCUGGCAGUACGUCUUGGGGAGCGAUUUUCAAGAGCGCGUCUUCUAGAGAUUAACGCACAUGGACUUUUUUCGAAGUGGUUCUCCGAAAGCGGAAAACUCGUGGCCAAGCUGUUUGAACGAGUACGGGAGAUCGCGUCUGAUCCACGCAUGUUGUGCAUAGUUCUUGUUGAUGAAGUAGAAUCGCUAGCGCACGCUCGGCGCGCAGCCAUGGCCGGUCUCGAGCCUUCGGACGCUCUCCGUGCCGUUAACGCUCUGCUCACACAGUUAGACCGAUUACGACGUCUUCCCAACGCUCUCGUUCUUGCCACAUCCAAUCUGACGACGGCAGUAGACGUGGCUUUCGUUGAUCGCGCGGACCUGAAGCGUCGGGUCGGGCCACCAGCGGCGCGCGCGGCUUACGAGAUUCUACGCGGAUGCUGUGAGGAGCUAAUGGCCCGUGGAGUAGUUACACCGCGUGACUUGCUUUUUGGACACCGAGUUUUACAGGGUUCAGGCUGGGCUGACUCUGAACAUGCUCGGCCAAGUCUCAUGCUAUGGGAGGUGGCGCAAGCGGCAGCGCAGGCGUCGCUGUCAGGGCGAGCACUGCGGAGGUUGCCAUUCCUUGCUCUGGCAUUGCACGCACCUCAAUCUAGCCACGAAUCUUUGAACCUAGUUGCAUUCUUAAAAGCUUUGAAUGGAUCAUUACAACGACACUUGGAAGAUGAAGCAGCGCUAACAGCUGAUGAACCUUUGACUAAGACAGCUCAACCUUCAACUGGGACUAUAGUUAAUGGACACUAGAAUUGGAUUUAGAAUAUUUUAUUUAUAUUUUAAUAAUUUCACAAAUGUUGACCACUGAAAAACUUAAAUUGGUUUUAUGUUGAGGGCCAAUUUUUAAACGAUUUUUAUACCAGUGCCUUUGGAUUUGAUUUAGUACAUUUUUAGAUUUUAAGAAUAGAUGUGAAGUUCUCUAUAAAUGCUGUGAUAAUUUCCACAAUUUGUUAUGUGGAUGUUAUUUAAGAAUUAAAAAUGUAAUUCAUUUUAAUGUUGUGUAUUCAUUGCUUGCCCAUAUAAUCAUUUUAGCUUUUAAGCUUUUUUCUAUUUCCGAACUCUUAUUCGUCAUUUACAGGGUCGUGCAUAAAUCUUUAAAAACAUAUUCCCCACAGCCAGCCCCCGUCGGCUUUCUGCGCAUGCGCGC